UGCACCUUGCCUGAUGUUGCCCAACUCAACAUUCAUGACACAAUCCGGCUCUUGGCUCACAGAGCCAGAUUUGAAGCAACAAACAUACCUUGUCACAUUCCCCGUCCAAACACCAGCGUGGGGCCACCCCCUGCAGCACAAGCUGUAUUUUUCCUUUUCCAUGGGACCAGCCCCGGGUCAUAAACCCGAAGAGGAGAUGCAGUACGGCAGGAGUCUGCUCAUUGCGGUGAUGUCACCUCUCUGGGAACUCGUUCCUCUACAAAUCCCAAUCCAGGCUGGAGAUGAGCUCUCCCCUGCUUACCCCAGGGGAAUCCGCCCACCGGAUCAAGAGGAGGUGGAGGGUGGAAAGACAUAUAAAGCUCCCCGGGAGCCGCUCGCCUUUACUGUCCAGGUUGCACGGAUCUGCUCUCAGCAUGAAGUCGCUUCUGGUGGGGCUGCUGCUUGGCCUGGCAUGUGUGGAGCUGGCCCAAUCUCUGCGGUGUUACACAUGCAAGGAGCCAACAGACAUUAAUGACUGCAGAACACCCACCGUGUGUCCCCCGAAUGCCAAGGUGUGCACAACGACGCUGCACUCUCUAGACAUGGGUUACCCCUUUUUCGGCAACAUCACCGUGACCAGAAAGUGUGAUGAGACCUGUGUCGACUACGAUGGGAUAGGCUCGAGCAGGCCCACGACGUGCUGCUACACCGACCUCUGCUCUGAUGACACCAAGAACAAAGGGGAGAGAAGCAGCUCCUCAGCAAUGGGUCUAAUGGCCUUGGUUGUUGGCACACUCCUCCAGCGUGCUCUGUGAAGCCAUGGGCACCCCUGCUCCGACCAAAGCAUCUCCUCCCCUGUCUCUGCCAAGAUGCCUUGUGAACUUUAAGAUGCCUUGGGAGAAAACCUUCUUUGCUCAAGUGUGUCUUCACCCAUCUUCAGUGUUGUGGAUUCGAGGCAAAAAUUUGGGCGCCUGGACCUAAACCCCUCAAAUUUCCAUUUUCCAGAUGUUGAGAAGAUGUUCUUCACCUUUGGUUGCUUCUGGUCCCCAGGACUCACAUCUCGCCUUGCAGCUUUCCUCACCAUGAAGAACGGUGGCUCUGUACAGCAGGAGGGACUGGGCAGAACCACCAAGGGUGGUGCUUGGGGAUGAUCUUCAUCCACAGCAGGGGCUGCAGGCAUGCUGGACAUAAUGGUGCUGUUUUCCCAGGUCUUCCUCAGCUCCCACAAAACAUGCACCCGUGUGACUCUAUCUUAUUUCAAUGCACAACCUCCCCAAAAGCUGGAACCCUCCAUCAGCAUCUUGGCUUCUUUUCUUUCCACAUUGGGUGCUAUCUUCAGAGGCAGUUGGAUGUUGGACCCCUUCCAGUACCUGCUCAGCAGAGUGUGGUUUGCAGAUGCGGAGAGCUGGCACUUAAUUCUCUCUAGAAUAAGCCAUGGAAUGAGUUCAGAAGGGCUCAGCCAUCAUGCAUUGGGAUGGAAAGCAUUUCUGGAAAGCUCGUAAGAUGCCCAGGAUGAACAAGCCAAGGCAGUUUAGACUCGUAAAAGCAAAUCCAGAAGUUUGGCCAGCCCAAACCCCCAGCAGCACUUUGCCUGAGCUCAGGUUGCAGUCAGAGCCCCCAGCUUUCCAGAUGUUUCACAGGCUGUUUCAAGCAACUUCUUCUGUUAGCCUGCCCUCCCCCAUCCCUUCACAGCAGGGGCCACAGGAAAGGAAAAUAAAUGAUUAUCCCAGACCCUCAGCUCUGGGAAAAUUCAGCCUUUCCACUCGAAGCUGGUUAAUGGUGCUACCAGGCCUUGCUGGGGACUUGCUCCAUUCUCCCUUGGAGUAGCUGUAGGAUUUGAGCUUGAUGCCCUGUCUGCUGUAAAAACAGGAGUGGAAGCUGAUCCAAAUGAGCUAGAUGUGGCCAGCUUCGUGGCCUCUUUUGGGAGGGGAGAGCAGGGGUACUUGCAUUUAUCUUUAUUAUUAUUUCUUGGCUCAUCCAGGGGAGCAAAAGGGAACCUGUAAGAACAGGGGCAGAGGGGAGCAAGGGCACAUCCCAAGCACCAUCCUCAUGCAUUCAUGAAGCCCCUGUGACCUCCUCUAAGCCAAACUCCAGUUUCACUCUGUCUCUGUACAAGACAUCAGCCAAGACAAUCAAGAAAAAAAGAAAGGGGGGUUCUGGAUGAGAAUCUAGUGAAUAAAGUUGGAUCUUCCCAU